AUGGAUCUCUACUCGACAUCCUUCACCAUCCCGCGGUCCACGGGCGCGUCCAGCUUUGUCCAUGACAGCGCCACAGUGACCGGCGGCCUGGGCUCCGUCGACCCGAUGCGGUCGCAGGGCCCGCCUCCGCCGCCUCCUCCAUCGAGUCGUCCGCCCGUGACCGAACCACCGCCGUCGUCGUUCCACGGCAGGCUGGGCUCGAUGCGGUCCCGCUUCCCGCCCAGCGUCAAGGCCUUCAUGCCGAGCGCGUUUGGCGGCAAGCGCACCAGCGACCGGAUCGCAGAGGCCGUGGGCCAGGAAAAGGCCGAGGCAGAGGCCGACAGCGAAGCCGCCGCCGCCGGGACCGGCAACAGCGUCUCUGGCUCCGAAAAGGCGGAGCUCUCCAACGCCGGCUUCGACCCGACCACGAUGCCCAAGCUACCGAACCCGCUGCUGGCCAACCUGGACCGGUCCAUUGCCCAGAUCAGCCGCGAUAGCCGCUCGACGAUCGGCACCCGCUCCUCGCUCGACUUCUCGUCGUCGGCGUCGUUCUCGGCGGACAGCACCGCGCCCAGCAGCGCCAUUGGCGCCCAGAACGGCGCCCGGGGCGACGGCCUGCCCGGCCAGGGCCACUCUCAGACCCAGCAGCAGUCGCACUCGGACCCCAACAGCGCCAACCACUCGGCCUCGAACUCGCUCUCGAACGCCAACGGAGGCGGCAUGCCGCACUCGCAGAGCUCAAAGGACCUGGUCGACGCGAUGCAGCGGCUCAGCCUCGAUGUCAUGGCGAGCCACCAAUGCCUGGUGACGUUUGCGCCGGUGCAGCCCGACGAGCCCAAGGUGUCGACGCCGCUGGCCGGCCAGCAGGGCUUCCCGCGGCAGCUGUCGUUCCCCGCCUAUGGCAGCAGCGACGCGCUGCCCUUCCCCAACAGCAGCGGUGCCAACGGAUCCGGCUACCCCUACCAGCAGUACCAUCCGCAGCCGAUCGGGACGCCCGACUCGUUGGCCUCGGGCGCCUUUGUGCCCGGCGGCGCCGACGGCAUCGGCUUCCCGGGGUUCAACGGCAGCUCGCUCUCGCUCUCCGGCCUCAACCCGAGCUCGGGCACGGCGCAGAAUGUACUGGCCCAGGACGCGCUCGCCUCGAGCAACCUGCGGAAGCGGGUGCCGCAGUACAACUUCCACCUGAGCGGCGGGUACCAGCAGGUGAUGGGCGCGCGCGGCGCCAUCCUGCGCGAGAACCCGUUCAAGGUCAAGUCGAGCAUCAAGGUGCCGCGCGCCGAUGUGCUCGAGGCGUCGUCGGGAUCGUCUCCGGGCGCCGAUCCGGUCAAGCCCGACGUCCGCCGUCGGCUCGACGAGAUCUCCUCGACGACGGGCGCCGGCGUCCUGGUCAUCACCAGCGACGCUCGCGGCGCCGACCUGGGCUACGGCCUCGAGACUGAGCGGAUGGCCGAGCUGGUCGUGUCGGGCCCCUUUGAGAGCGUCGAGCUGGCGCGCGUCAAGGUGCUGGUGCUGCUCGACGAGCUCCUCGGCCUGCACUCGGAGACGUGCGAGAUCGACUACAAGCUGCACAAUAUCAUCGGCGGCCGCAAGCGGUGCGUCGUCCAGACGAUCCAGGAGGAGACGGGCACCAACGUCUACCUGCCGACGCCCUUUGCCGGCACGCUCAGCGGCGGACGCAACGCGCCCCCGCCCGGGCGCCAGAACACGAUCCACAUCACGGGCGAGUUCUUUGGCGUCCAGCGGGCGCGCGACAUGCUGUUCCAGGUGUCGCUCCACAAGAGCAAGUGCAUCAUCUCGCGCGACGCCGCCAUCCUGCCGCGCAAGCUCGACUGGAUGCUGACCGAGCGGCUCGAGGAGCUGCGCUCCAUCAUGCUCGACAACGGCACCUUUGUCGCCUUCCCCGUCAUCGGCAGCCAGGCCAGCCUGAUCUCGGUCUUCGGCGACAACCGCGUCAACAUCGAGCGGACGAUCCGCUCCAUCAUGCAGCUGGCCUGCCAGUUCUACGUGGCGUCGCUGUGGCUGCUGCCGGUGUCGUUUGACGUCUUUAUGUCGCCGGCGUCGCUCAACCCGACCCAGAUGGCGCCCAUCCUGCGCCACAUCAGCAACGCCUCGGGCGCCGAGGUCGUCUUCAAGGGCAACUGCUUCGAGGUCCACGGCCUCGAGGGCGAGGUCCGCUCCGCCGUUUCGUCGAUCCUCGACCUCGACGUCGUCAAGAGCUUCAACUUCGAGGUCCGCUUCCAGAUCGAGCUGGCCAACGAGCACCGCGAGUUCAUCAGCGGGAAAAAGAACGGCAAGAUCAACAAGGUGAUGAAGCAGUGCGGCGUGCGCAUCAAGUUCGAGACCUUCAACGACUACAACUUCCUCAUCGACAUCAGCGGCAACGACCGCGCCGGCGUCCUCCAGGGGCUCGGCUUGCUGCAGGAGGAGCUGCCCGCCGAGAUGUCGUUCCACGUCCCCGAGGCCUACCACAAGCGCAUCAUCGGCGUCGGCGGCAAAAACAUCCAGCGCAUCAUGAAAAAGUACGGCGUCUACGUCAAGUUUUCCAACGCCGAGGAGUUUGCGGCGCUCGGCGGCUACCUCGACAACGAGGACAACGUCAUCGCCCGCACGCCCGCCAAGAACGCCAUCAACCUCGAGAACCUCAAGCAGUCGGUCAUGGAGCUCGUCAACCCAAAGGACAAGGAUUACGUCACCGAGACGGUCGCCAUCUCGCGGCGUUACCACCGCACGCUGCUGGGCGAGAAGGCCAUCUUUAUCCACGACAUUGAGAGCAAGACGAGCUCCAUUGUCCGCUUCCCGCCCAAGGAGUCGGCGUCGGACCUCGUCACCAUCUUUGGGCCCGAGUCGCAGAUCCACAUUGCGGCCCAGAUGCUCCUCGACCACGUGCCGUUCGAGGCCGAGUUCCGCACGCCCAACUCGCUCGAGCUGUCGGCGGUGCUGCAGACGCACGACUUUGUCGCCCUCGCCGAGCGCCUCAAGCACGACCUCAACAUCGUCGUCGCGCCCAUCCUCCGUCAGCGCCAGGGUGGCGAGGCCGUCUUCAAGCUGCGCCUCAACCGGAGCAACAGCGACUUCCUCCCGACGGCCAAGGAUGCCCUCGAGGAUUUCCUCAUCAGCCGCAACAUCAACGUCUACGCCUCGCCCGCUCGCGCCCACGAGCGCCGCCUCCGCGCGGCCGCCUCGACGCCGGACAUUAAGGCGCUCUUUGACUCGCCCGGCGGCCACCACGGCGCGCCUGGGAUGAACUACACGACGACGACGACGGCGGCCAACUCGCCGCUCAUCGCCUCGUCGCUCUACCCGUCGCCCUACGGCAACGGUCGCGGCUUUGGCAGCGACGUCUGGGGCGCUCCCCGCCACUUUUCGUCGAGCACCAGCAGCAGCACCGCACCCAACGUGGCCCAGCCGAUCGGUACGCCCGGCGGGGCGGCCAGCGCCGCGAAUAUGAAUCCGGCUGCUGCCGCUGCUGCUGCUGCCGCCGGCACGACCCCUGUGAACGGCGGUGGGAUCCAGUUCCCUCAGCACAACCCGCGCCUGUCGGACGACCUCAACCUGGCCUACCGCGGCGGGCCCGAGGCGCUUGGCAUGGAGGAGCGGGUCAAGGCGCUGCGCAAACCGCGCUCGUUUGCCCACCGGGCGCAGAGCCUCGACAUUGGUGCACUCGCCGCGCAGCAGUCGGCGCUCGGCAUGGGUGGUGGAGGUGCCACGACGACGCCGGCGACGCCCUACACGCUUGGCGCCAUCGGCUCGGGCGGUGUUGGCAGCGGCGGCAGCGGCAGCAACGGCACCAGCGGCGGCUUUCCGGGCAUCGGUGGCUCCCACCACCCGCACCACUCGCUGCACCACGCCGCGCUGCACAACCACUCGCACUCGCACCACCACCACCACGCGCCUGCCUCGAGCAUCUCGCGGCUGCCUCCGGCCAACACGCCGGCGCCUGACCCGACGACGAUGGACGAGGUCAGCCGCGUGCUGGCCCAGCUCGCCUUUGACCGAUCGUGA